AUGUCGAAACUGCAGAGAUUGCUUAUGAUUGUUGGGCGGCUCGAGGACUUGCCGCUCGCUUUCUCUACCGGUGUCAGGGUCGCAGACGAUGCAUUAGCCAUCUACCAAGAACUCAAAUUGAAGAAGAAAUACACCUACAUAGUUUACAAGAUGAAUGAUGAAGCAACCGAAAUCGUCGUCGAAAAAGCUGUAGAGGGGUCAAAUUAUGAGACUUUUGUCAAGGAAUUACCCAAAGAUGCUUGUCGAUACGCUGUGUUUGAUUUCGCUUACGAGACCAAGGGUGAAGGUCAAGGUCGCAACAAGAUUCUGUUCUUCUUCUGGUCUCCAGAUACCGCCAAAGUCAAACCAAAGAUGGUGUACGCUGCGUCAAAAGAUGCUCUCCGAAAGAAGCUAGAAGGUAUCUACACAGAAAUUCAAGCUACCGACUUGUCUGAAGUCGCAUACGAAACCGUCUUGGACAAAGUUACACGAUAA